AUAAGUCUAAUAGCCAGAUUUGCCUUGGUUCAUUCAAUGGCUUCUUGGUGUAAGAGAUGCAGGAAACAGGUGUGUGAAAACCCACCUUUCUCCACCGUCCGAAUCACCGAAGGAGAAAUGAAGUCCUACUACAAUUUCCUAAAGGAGUGCACAAAGUUGGAGAAGACGGCUAGGGCAGAUGAAAUCAUGCAACAGGAGAUCAGGCCCCUCGUUGCUGUGGAUAUCAUAGAGCAGCUACACCGGCAGUUUGCGAUCUUGUCAGGAGGAAGAGGGAAUGACGGAGCGCCGAUCAUCACCUUCCCCGAGUAUGCCGGUUUCAGCGAGAUCCCCGACGAGGAUUUUCUGAACGUCGUGACGUAUUUAACUAGUAUCCCCAGUCUGGAGGCUGCCAGCAUCGGAUUCGUCAUCAUUAUAGACAGACGGAGGGACAAAUGGAGCGCGGUAAAGGCGUCCCUCACACGAAUAGCAGGAGCGUUUCCUGGGAACCUACAACUGGUCUUCGUCCUGCGGCCAUCCCGUUUCAUCCAAAGGGCAAUCGCUGACAUCGGCAUCAAACUGUAUCGCGAUGACUUUAAAAUGAAGGUACCGAUCAUCAUGUUAAAUUCUGUUUCUGAUCUACAUGGGUACAUUGACAAAAGUCAGCUGACGCGGGAGCUAGGAGGAACCCUGGAAUACGGGCACAGCCAAUGGAUACAUCAUCGAACUGCUAUUGAGAAUUUCGCCAUGACAGUGAAAACCACCGCGCAGAUGUUGCAGACCUUUGGGACGGACUUGGCGGAGACGGAGCUUCCCAACGACGUCCCGUGUACGGAGGAGCUCCUGUCUUCCCACACAGAGCAGCAUAACAAGCUAAAGGAGGAGCUGAGACUAGCCGUGAAGCAGGGGGCCACGCUACUGACCUGUAUCCGAGAACCCGUCACACGAAGCGCCACCAGCAAGCUCAGUCCAGACGAACUGGAAAACGUGGCGACUGUGGAGAGGUUGCUAGCUCAGCUGGAUGAAACGGAGAGAGCCUUCGAUCAGUUCUGGUCCAAGCACCACCUAAAGCUGGAACAGUGCUUACAGCUCCGACACUUUGAGCAGGAUUUCAGAGAGGUCAAACUGACGCUGGAUAACUUGAUGGAAACGCAAGCCGGGUUCACGGAUAUUGGAGACAGCGUCUCCCGUGUGGAGUGUCUUCUGAAGGAACGGAAGCAACUAGAGGAGAAAGGACAGGAACCUUUGGAAAAAGCCCAGUCCUUGGCUGUCCACGGAGACCAGCUGAUCCAAAACAACCAUUAUGCAAUCGAUUCCAUUAGACCAAAGUGUGUGGAGCUCAGGCGCAUCUGUGAUGACUUUGCCAACGAGACCAAGAAACAGUACGAUAUUUUGGGGAAGUCCCUAGAACUGCAUAAACAAUUAGAUAAGGCCAGCCAGUGGUGCGAAGCUGGAAUCUACCUCUUGGCUUCCCAAGCUGUUGACAAAUGCCAGACGCAGGAGGGAGCUGAAACGGCGCUCCGCGAUAUCGAGAGAUUCCUGGGAACCGCCAGGGACCACCAGCUCUUGAACGCAAAGGAGUUCUACAAUCAGUUUGAUAUGAUUCUCACCCCAGAGAUAAAGAACAAUGCCCAAAGAGUUCUCCAGAAACUAGAAGAUGUACAAGAGAUGUUUGAGAAGAGGCAAGUGAGCCUGAAGAAGCUGGCGGCAAAGCAGACCCGGCCCGUGCAGCCUGUCGCCCCGCAUCCCGAAUCGUCACCCAAACGCCCAUCACCCAAAAGCACCCGGCCUGCAACGCUAGCUACCAACAGGAGGUCGGUGGAAAUGUCAAGUCCCCCCAAAUCUAUAUCCGACGCAGAGUUAUCAAAGAAGAAGAACAUCAAGAAGACUAAAGGUGGAAUUAAGAUUGAAGUGAUGCACGAAGCCAGUCAAGGAGGAUCCAGCAGAGUUUUGGUGAUGAGUGAGAGUGAAGAGAACCUUUCUACCAGGAGGAGCCAUAUUAUCAAUGAACUGAUAGAAACAGAACGGGUCUAUGUAGAGGAGCUUCAAAGCAUCAUAGAGGGCUAUGCAUCAGAGAUGGACAAUCCUGAUUUAAUUCACUUGAUCCCAACUGCUCUUUCCAACAAGAGGGAAGUUCUUUUUGGGAACCUCUCGGAAAUCUAUGACUUUCACAACAGAAUCUUCCUCAAAGAGCUGGAAAACUGCAUUGAAAAUCCGGAACUUCUUGGUCGGUGUUUUUUAAAAAGAAAGGAAGAUCUACAAAUUUAUGAAAAAUACUGCCAGAACAAGCCCAGGUCAGAAGCUCUCUGGAGACAGUGUGGAGAUAGUCUCUUCUUUCAGGAAUGCCAGCGGAAGCUAGACCAUAAGCUCUCGCUGGAUGCUUAUCUCUUAAAGCCGGUCCAGAGAAUUACCAAGUACCAGCUGCUUUUAAAGGAGAUGUUGAAAUGCAGCAAGAAUUCAGAAGGGACGGCUGAACUGGAAGAAGCGCUUGCCACGGUGCUGGAUAUUAUCAAAUCAGCUAAUGACUCAAUGCAUCAGAUAGCAAUUACGGGCUAUGAGGGUGACGUACACGAGCUUGGGAAACUGCUGCUGCAGGGCUCGUUCAACGUUUGGACGGAUCACAAAAAGGGCCACAACAAGGUCAAAGAUUUGGCCAGGUUCAAGCCGAUGCAGAGGCACCUCUUCCUCUACGCAAAAAUCCUACUCUUUUGCAAGAAGCGAGAAGAAAAUACGGACGGGCACGAGAAGUCUCCCUCGUACAGCUUUAAAAAUUCUUUAAAGAUGAGCACCGUCGGAAUUACGGAAAAUGUCAAAGGGGAUAACAAGAAAUUUGAGAUCUGGUACAAUGGCAGAGAAGAAGUCUAUAUUAUCCAGGCUGCUUCUGUGGAGCUGAAAAACACCUGGGUCUCUGAAAUUAGGAAAGUCCUGACAGGACAACUAGAAGCUUGCAGAGAGGCGAGCCAGUUGCACCAAAGAAUCACCGAGAGUGUGUACCACGCGCCAAUGAACUCCUCCAACUCCUCCAGGUAUGGCAGAAAGUCGUUAAGCUUGUGCGAAAAUAGAUCCGAGCUCUCAGGCCUGGAGAUGUCAAACAACAGGGACAGGAACACCAGCCCCCAUGCCAGACAGAAAAGAGCCGAUUCUUCCGCCAGCCUUAACCUUGAGCGCUCAGCUCUUGCUAGAAAGCGGUUUACAUUGCAAGGGCUUUCGAACCGCAGAGCUCCACCCAAAGAUCCAGAAUCUAAAGAAAGGGAUGUUACCCACCGCUUUUCCUUAGGUUCCUCCAUCAGCUCCACAACUAACACAUCUGCUCUAACCAAAGGUCCCCUCGUUCCUGCAGUUAAAGUCAAGAGGCACGAAAUAAAAAGUGAUCCGACUCCUCUGGGGUUCGAAGGUUGGCCCAGCAGGCAAAUGCCUUCGUUAGACACCUUUGAGGAUUUCGAAGCCAUCCCAUCCAGUGCGGAGGAGCUGUCCAACUCUUCGGAUCUGGAGGAAGAGAGCCAGCCGAACAACGGAUCCAACCUUUACCGGGUAGAAGGCAGUUACGACACCUGUUUCCCCGAUUCCCUUACGCUAGAGGAUGGAGAUUUAGUGCAGUUCAUCCAGGAAGGUGCAGACGGACAAUGGUUAGUGAAGAAGCUGGUUUCUGAGAAAACAGACUGGGUCCCUUCCAGUCUGCUCCAGCCUGCAGAGGGGGAUGCCAACAACAUCCGCCGGCACAGCAAUGCAGAUGUCUACAGCGGUACCCGCAGCGCCACACCCACAAACUCCGAGAUGAAAGGGAGUGAGCUAGCAAGAAGCUUAACAGCAGAACAAAAAGCUGGGAGCUGA